AGUUUAGCUGUCAUUCAUGUUGGUGCGUAUAUCUGUGGUACAACGUCAAACAAAUCAGCGCGUUUGUUCUGCACUAUUCGAGGUAGAAGAUCUUAACGUUGGCGGAGAAGUGUAAUAUUUUCCAGAAUUGACUGCACAAAUAUACUGUAUCAGAAAUAAAAAGUGAUUCGAAACGUUACCUCGAGCAAUAAUGGCUAAAACUAAAACAAGCGGUGACUCGGAGAAUGGAGAAAAAUCAGCGAUGGAAGAAACAACGGCUUCAUCUAGUUAUUCGGGAACACUACACGCCCAGGAAAAUGAUAAUAUUUCAACCCGCGUUGGAUCCAGGACUAAGAAAGCAAAAGUUGUGUUCGACCCCUCUGAUCAUUACGUGCCGAGAAAACGUCUCCGUAAACCUGAAUCGAGUUCUUCUGAGACACCUGCGGGCAUGGUGUCUAGUAAACCAGACACUGCAACUUCACAAUCACCCUUAAAACCAGAUAAAAACGGAGAUAAUGCAACGACUACUGUCGCUAAGCCUCGUUUGCCACUUAGUCCUACGGUUGCAAAGACAACCACUUAUAAACCAAAAGUUUUCGGUCCUAUCUCACCACCCGAGGGUGGUGUCCGAUUGACCGGAUCGUCAAGCGGCGAAGCUGCUGUUAUUAGCACCCAGAAACAGGAAUUCAAACGUGAACCAAUUUGCGAUAUGUGUCACAAGGUUGGACAGCUCAGGCGUGGUUUCAAAUUGAUCGAUUGCUCUAGUUGUGCUUUUAGAGCUCAUUCAAAAUGUCUCCGCGCUCAUCCGGUGUAUUCCAAGUUUCCAAUUCAGCUGAACUUUCGCUGUUUUCAGUGCAUCGAAUGUGUUGUAUGUGGAAAAUCUUUGCGCGGUGGAAAUUUACUAUUCUGUUGCGAUUGUCAAAAUGCAUUUCACCAGAACUGCCACGGUCCAUCGAAAUUAGAUAGCAGUCCUAAUGGACCCUGGAUUUGCAAUCGUUGCACUUGUGAAAGCAUUGAUCUAAAACAACCAGUGCGGUCCCAAGAGAAACGACCUGCAGAGGUUCCGCAACAAGAACCAGUGGAAAACGCUGACGAUGAAGCUCAUCAGGAGUUUGCUGGUUUUAGCGACAAUGAAAUUAGAAAGGAUUCGUUCUCCCUUUCGGAUGGCACCAUCAAUGAAAGCAACAGUCAAACAAAGAUAAUGACAGAUAAUGAAAACUCACAAAACGAUUCUGAAGAUGAGGGCCAUGUUGCUACUCACAAUGAUGUUGGUGAUAAAAAAGUGUUGGACCCUCGUCUGGACAAUUUCGAGAACUUACAAAAUUGGUCUUGCGACGACGUAUUUCAGUACUUUAAACAUUAUUUUCCAGAACAUGCACAUCUUUUCAAAGAACAAGAAAUCGACGGACCUUCAUUAGUUCUAAUGAGAAAAUCAGAUGUUCUCGCCGGUUUCGGAUUGAAAUUAGGACCGGCUAUUAAUCUGUAUCAACGAAUCGUUAUGAUGCAGAACAACGAUAGAGAUUUCCGACUUACAUGGAUAUGAGUUUCUAAUAUUAGAAUUGCAGGCAGUAGGUUUUAAAUCAGAUAAAGUUAUUGCCAAAUACAUAAAAUGUGAAAUAAAAUGUGAAUUCAAAAAUUGC